AUGAGCAGAGAUCACAGGAAGAUUUCGCGAUCUGUAGAAGAACGAAACAUUCUCGCGUCCACCACGCGGGUUUCGCAGAUUUCGCAGACAGACAACGAACUGAAGCUGAAGUUACAAGCGAUCGAUACUUCAUAUAAGAUAUCAAACAAACGCAUUAGGAAUGAAACUCGCGAGUUAAAGGAAAUUCUGCACGGGUUACAACGAGAACUACAAGUAUCCAAAGGUGGAAAUCGCACACAGUAUGUUCCGUCCUUGAUCGAACAACCUCAAAGACGCCCGCGAAGGACGACAAUUGAUACAGUUCCUUCUGAAGAAAGGAGAGAUGUCGGUGAUGUCGAUGUGGCUAGGCGAAGGAGUGGAACCCAUCCUCCUAGUUCACACACGCAAUACAGCAAGAGGGCUAAAGACGAUUUAAAUGAUGGGCAAAGUGCGGAGAAAGUGUUAGAAGAACGAAAAGAAGAUAGAACGACAGAAGUACAAGAGGCUAGCGUAUGGAAAAAAGAUGGCUUUCCUUCACGCACACUGAAUGAAACAGUCUUCUCGAGUCGAGUCGGCGCUGAAAACGCAUUUCCUUCGAAAUAUUCUCCCAGGGAGCAACAACGAGGCGAGCGAAAGAGGUCGACAAACGAUGCAUUUCGCGGUCGAUUUGUAACAAACACUGAUAUCAGAACCGUUGACUCGAGCAUACCAAGCUCAGACCGGAGAAUUUCACAAACACAACAAAAACCGGAGGGAGGUAGAAUUUCUAUACGAACGAAUCCGAGCAUUUUCGAAGAAUUUCCAUCGGGAAACCAAAGAGAACUCAGAAAGCGGAGUCUUCCCUGGCAGAAAAAGGGGAUCCUUAAUGUGGGAACUCGAGAAGACAGUCCGAUGGGGGUUCCCCCCGGGAGACACGACCCGCACGAUGCUGAGGUCGUAUUCGAUGCGCUCCCAGAUUAUCUCGGAGGUCGUAGAUUGAGUGUCGCUCAUGGUCGGGUACGGAAAGUAUCCCGAGGGACUGGGCUUCCCCCCCUGAGGGAAGAGAGAGUUGCUCAGAAGGAAAAGUCGGCCGAAAAUUGGAAUGAUUUGUCCAACUGUAGAUAUUUGCGGAAAGAAGACCAGGAAAUAACAAUAGACGAUAUAUUUAGAAAGGAAUAG